GCAAACACUCGCGCUGGCUGCCGCUUUCCUUCAAUCGUCGUCCGCGUGGCCUCAUUCUGAGGCACAGCGUCUAGCGAGCGACGAUGGGGUUUGCACUGCGUACAUGCCGGUUCCUGAGUCAUACGCAAGAAGUAGAACCACUCAGAUUACUCGCUCACUAGAUCCAGGCGCCCUCUCUGCUCGCAGUAAACAUACCGCGCUCCUGAAGCCCUUGACUGAUGCGUGCGAAGCGCUGCAAUGCUUCAACCAAGUUGUGUCUUUCCUCAGUGCUGAAGAAGCAAAACUGCUCCCAAUUCACUACGAUCAUCUCUCAGCCGUUCGACGUGCUCUGGUUUCUGAGGCAGAGAAGGUUUCAAUAGACUGAUGCGACGAGUUCGAGUCUGGUUGGGCUUAGACGGUUGCUGCGUUUGUGCAACCGGAAGGAUUGGUCGUCAUCUUUGUCCCAUCAGGUUGCAUGGAGACGUGUUUGUACGGGUGGCGUCACUGGCCGUCGUACUGUGUGCCAGCGUGAUCAAACAAGACGAGCCUGCUCCCGAUUGUGACGCUUGACCGUAGGAGCACGACCGCGACAAGACGGGCACACAAUUGAGCUACCGCGCAGUAAAUGCGACGGUGGAAGAUAGACAAGGGAGUGUCGAUUGCAUAUCGGCGGCCUGGGAGAGGCGUGUGCUCGGGCUUCUAUUGUUUUUUCUCCAUCGCAACAGAUCGCAUCCUAUGAUCUGUAGCUUAUAGUCUGAGACAAUAGAGACAUGGGUUAAUCAAUUUC